AAACUUUCGUUUUUCAUAUUUAAUUCAUCUCCAUUAUUUCAGUUUCUUGAUUUCUUCUCUGUUUCUCACUUAUGUAUAUUUAACAACCAACCCAGUGUUUCCCUGAUUUCAUACAUAUGGGAUGAAUUUUAUUUCCAUCCCUACAAAACCCUUGUCAAAGAUUCAAAUUUUCUGAUCCAUCUUCAUCAUACAAGAUAUGGGUGGCUGUUUUUCAACCACCAAGAUCAGUGGUUCCAACAGCAACGCUACAUCCACCACCACAUCUACCACCACCGUCGUACACCAACAACCCCACCGCCGAACAACAGCAUCAGCCGCCAACAAGCAUGACGGGGGUGGGUCUAAUUUCAAUAAAACCAAAGAGGGCAACAGGAAUCAUCAUCAUCAACAACAACAGAGGACCCAACUACAGUCGAACAAUAAUAAAAACAAAAUGAAGAACAAGGCUACUUCCAGGCGUCAGAAUGGAAUCAUCUCUUGUGGCAAAAGAACCGAUUUCGGAUACCUUAAGGAUUUUGAUCAGAGGUAUUCAAUUGGGAAAUUGUUGGGUCAUGGUCAAUUUGGGUAUACAUAUGUUGCUACUGAUAAAGCUAAUGGAGAUCGUGUUGCUGUCAAGAAAAUUGACAAAAACAAGAUGAUCCUUCCAAUUGCUGUUGAGGAUGUCAAGCGAGAAGUCAGAAUAUUACAAGCCUUAAGUGGUCACGAGAAUGUGGUUCAAUUCCACAAUGCGUUUGAAGAUGAUUCUUAUGUGUAUAUAGCUAUGGAGUUAUGUGAGGGCGGUGAGUUGCUAGACCGGAUUUUGUCCAAGAAAGACAGUCGUUACACAGAGAAGGACGCUGCAAUAGUUGUAAGGCAGAUGCUUAAAGUUGCAGCACAAUGCCACUUACACGGUUUGGUACAUCGUGACAUGAAACCAGAGAAUUUUCUUUUCAAAUCGCCGAAAGAGGAUUCACACUUGAAGGCUACAGAUUUCGGGUUGUCGGACUUCAUAAGACCGGGAAAGAAGUUUACAGAUAUCGUGGGUAGUGCUUAUUAUGUCGCUCCUGAAGUACUGAAGCGUAAAUCAGGACCCGAGUCCGAUGUAUGGAGUAUAGGUGUAAUCACAUACAUUCUACUCUGUGGGCGUCGGCCUUUUUGGGAUAAAACCGAGGAUGGCAUUUUCAAAGAGGUAUUAAGAAACAAGCCUGAUUUUCGGCGCAAACCAUGGCCAAAUAUUAGCACAAGUGCAAGAGAUUUUGUGAAAAAAUUGCUCGUUAAAGAUCCCCGUGCAAGACUCACCGCUGCUCAGGCACUAUCUCACCCAUGGGUUCGAGAAGGUGGAAAUGCUUCCGAGAUUCCUCUUGACAUUUCUGUUCUAUCGAACAUGCGCCAGUUUGUGAAAUAUAGUCGUCUAAAACAGUUUGCAUUACGGGCAUUGGCUAGCACUCUUGAUGAGGCGGAGCUAUCUGAUCUCAAAGAUCAAUUUCAAGCAAUUGAUAUUGAUAAAAGUGGUGCUAUUAGUCUCGAGGAAAUGAGACAGGCCCUUGCUAAAGACCUCCCAUGGAAGAUGAAAGAAUCUCGUGUUUUGGAGAUUUUAGAAGCGAUCGACAGCAAUACGGAUGGGCUCGUGGAUUUCACGGAGUUUGUAGCAGCUACACUCCAUGUUCAUCAGUUGGAGGAGCAUAACAAUGUAAAAUGGCAACAAUUGUCACAGGCUGCUUUUGAAAAAUUCGACGUGGAUCGAGAUGGGUACAUAACUCCAGAAGAACUCAAAAUGCAUACGGGUUUACGAGGCUCGAUCGAUCCAAUUCUAGAGGAGGCCGAUAUCGACAAAGAUGGGAGGAUUAGCUUGCCCGAGUUCCGUAGACUCUUAAGAACCGCAAGCAUGAGUUCACAUACCGUCUCGAGCCCGGCUGCACAUAGAGGUUUGCGUAAGCUUUAGAUUUUUGAAACGAAAAAACAGAAAAACAAGAGUUGAUGUUUUCGCGUGUGAAUUGGUUUUCUUAUCGAGUGAAGAAAGUUGCGUUAUUAUUCGCUAAGAUCUCAAAGCUGCCAUUUUCAUAGACCUUGGUUCGAUAUUCUUGUGACAAUGCAAAGAAAUUGCAGGCGGGGCAUCGUGCCGAGUUCAUAUAAUGCAUGCAAAAACAUAGUUAAUGUUAGUCUUUUUAAGUUGCGAGUGUGUAUAAUUUUCUUUUAUACUGUCGUUUUAGUACGCGUUGUAAAUGGAAAUAUUUCUUUUUGAAGCACUGUGUCGUGGAUUUGUGA